GAAAGUAAUUCGGGUUAUCUUCUAUUUUUUUUUCUUUGAAUAAAUUAUCCUCAGCCCAAUGGAAGACCCCUCUACCAAUACAGCAAAGCUGUCUUCACGAUCAGACAAGCAGAAAGAUGCUUCAGUGGAAAAGUCUAGACAAUUACAUAAUAACAUCAAUGAUACGUUAAAAGAGCAAAGAGCGAGAGGCCCUGUACACGCGUUUUCACCAGAAAUGUCUCCUGAGCAAAAAAAAGCAGAAGUCAUGAGAAACACCAAUAUUCCCAAAAUUGAAAUCACUACAGACAACAUAUUCACAACGAAUAAGGAUAAGUCUACUCUGGAGCAAACGGAGAGGCUAUUCCUCAAGAAAGAUGAUCUAACCAUACAGCAAGUCACCAAUGCAACCAAUGUAAAAGCUCCAGGGUCAUAUAUUGCUGAACCUUUAAUUAAAAACACAACAGUUUGGUACAAUAAUAUGCCAAAAGCUCCCGUGAUAGUGGGGGGAAACGGUACUACUAGUUGUGCUGUAAAUUCGCAUGAUACAGUAAAUCAGUUUAUUAAAGAUAAUUGUUUCGGUGAUUGGUUCCAAAAUGGUGGCGUUGUCCUUGUAACGGUACUUGCCACAUGGAUUUUGUCGAAAACUCGUUUUGGGGCCCUGUCAUGUGUAAUAGUCGGUGCCUUCUUCACAACUUACUACCGCAAAUAUAUUAAGCGUUUUCGUCGAAAUGUACGUUAUGAUAUGCAGAGAGUUGUCAACGUGAACCGCCUAGAAAAUACAGCUGAAACAGCCAAAUGGUUGAACUAUUUCUUGCAACGUUUCUGGUUGAUGUUUGAGCCAGCAUUAUCAGCACAGAUUAUUGGACAGGCCGAUGCCAUAUUAUCCGAAAAUACACCACCUUUCUUAGAUUCGAUUCGGUUGAGUACGUUUACUUUGGGUACAAAAGCACCUAGUUUGGAUGGUGUUAAGGUGUAUCCAAGUUCUGCACCCGAUGAAAUUUGUGUGGACUGCAAAUUUUCUUUUGUUCCCGAUGAUGUGUCUGAUUUAACUGCUCGUGAAGCUAAACAAAGAGUUGAGCCAAAGAUUGUCCUUACUAUACGUGUAGGCUCCAGUAUGAUAGGUGCUGGUAUGCCAGUAUUGCUCGAGGAUCUUGCAUUCAGCGGUCAUUUGAGAAUAAAGCUCAAACUGUUUAAUGAAAUGCCUCACGUCAAAUCUGUUGAAGCAUGCUUUUUAGAAAAGCCGAAAUUUGAUUAUGCUCUCAAGCCAGUUGGUGGUGAAACAUUCGGCUUCGAUAUCAAUAACAUCCCCGGGUUAGAAUCUUUUGUCAAAGACCAAGUUCAUUCAAAUUUGGGCCAUAUGAUGUAUGCUCCCAACAAACUUGUCAUUGAUGUGCCGUCACUUAUGAAUAAAAAAGAUACAGAAAGCGCCAACGGCGUGCUGGCUGUCACUGUCUAUUCUGCUAACAACCUCAAGCAGAGCGUGACUUCAUUGGGUUCCCUUAAUCCUUAUUGUACCUUCCACGUCAGUAAUGUCAACACACCCGAGCUAACACGUACUACAACUAUUAAGAAUUCAUCAAAUCCCAAGUGGAACGAAACCUGCUUCGUCUUACUCAACAAUAUGGAAGACAUGCUCUGCUUUAGAGUCAUGGAUCAAAACUCCGGCAGCGAUUCAGAAGUGGGACAAGCCAUCCUAAAUUUAAAGGAUCUACAGGAAAGCAAUUAUAGCUUGAAGGAUUUAAGCUUAGUAUUACUACGUAAUGGUAAGCAAGUAGGCGAAAUCAGGGCAGAUGCCAAUUGGUAUCCUGUAUCAGUAGCACAUACAGAAGAGGACGGAACUGUAGUGCCUGCUGUUGAAUCGGAUAGCGGUGUCGUAAGAUUCUAUAUCCAUGAGUGCAAGGAUGUAGGCCAAGCAAUUAUGCAACAGAAAUCGGGGAUUCCAUUCAUGAAGAACCUACCUGGUGUUGGUAAGUUUCCUGUCAUAGGAUCUGCUGGUCAUGAUAUCAACGCCUAUGCUAUUUUGAAGGUGAAUGGUCAAGAAAAACUCCGUACUGCUCCUUUCAAGCGUAGCGUCAAUCCUCGCUGGAACAAAUAUGCUGAGUUCUUCGUUGAGGACAAAAAUAAUGUUGAUUUUAAUGUUACUAUUCUGAACAGUAUACUUGGUGAAGAUAAGCCUAUGGGUCGUUGGACUUCCAGUUUAAUGGAUAUGGAAAACCAGGUUAUCAACGAGAAAAAUGAGUGGUGGAAUCUGCAGGAUGGCACCGGUAAGAUUCAUCUAAAGAUGGACUGGAAGCCUAUACCGCUUACCAAUUUUGCGAGCGGGCUGACGCGAGGCAGUUACCGUCCUCCAAUCGGCGUUGUUCGUAUCAAAUUAAAUAAAGCCACUGAUCUUAAAAAUGUGGAGGCACUUACUGGUGGCAAAUCAGACCCAUAUGUCCGUGUUAUGUCAGGCCUACAAGUACGCGGACGAACAGAAGCAGUUCUCGAUAACCUAAAUCCAGUAUGGGAUACCGCACUAUACGUUCCUAUUCAUUCGAUACGUGAAGACCUCACAUUGGAAGUUAUGGAUUAUAAUGAACUUCAGAGUGAUAAGUUCUUGGGUAUGACUGAAUUGAUUUCUAAAGAUAUUGUGCAAGAAAAGAAAAUUGAAAGCGAACAAAAUGCUUUUGAGCCUCGUUCACUUGUCAAACGAAAUGUUGACCUGAAGACGAAAGAAGGAAAAGCAGCUAAGGGCAAGCUUGAAUAUGAAGCAAGUUUCUUCGCUACGAUGGCACUGGCCAAGGCUUUUACUGUCAGUGAGAAUGAAGGAGAUGCCGAAGCCGAAACCAAAAGUGCCGAUGCAAACGCUGAAGAUAAUGAAGAAGAGUCCAAUAUGGAUAGUAGCACUAAAAUUACACCAGAUGAAGCUCCAACACAUGAUCUUCACGGUGAACCAAUUCAAAUAACCGAGGAUGGGAAAAUCAAUUUGAUGGCUUAUACAGCAGGCGUAUUGAGUGUGAUGGUUCAUGAUAUUGUUUUACCUUCCAAAGUUAAAGCGGUUGUUGAUGUUAUGUUAGAUUCGAAUGAUGCUCAAUUUACAACUACCCCUGUCAAAGGGAAAAUUCUACAAUAUAAUGAAUCUGGUGAUGCGUUUGUGAGAGAGUUGGACCUCUCCCGUCUCAUUGUUUCUGUACGUGAAGCUGAAGAUAAAGGCAAGCGUUUCGGCUUUUGGACAAGCCCAGUCCAAGACAUUGUCAAGAAUAUUCAAAAGCAAUCUACUACAGCUAAAGGAAAAUCUGAGGUUGAAGAGUAUCGUCUUUUAGAAUGCGUAGAAGGCAAAAUUCGUUUGAGCUUCAGAUAUAUUCCUGUUGUUCACUUUCGACUUGAUCCACAAGACAGCCUCGAAAACCAAGGAAGUUUGACAGUUCAACUUAUAUCCGCAAGCGGCCUGAAAAGUGUUGAUAGAAAUGGCAAGAGCGAUCCCUAUUGUAAAUUUAGUUUAAAUGGCGAACGCGUUUAUAAAACACAAGUGUAUAAGAAAACACUUUCACCAGUAUUCAGAGACGAGGUUUUUACAGUACCCGUUUCAUCUCGUACGUCAGCAGCCUUGAAAGUGAAGAUUUACGACUGGGAUCAAAUAGGCUCCCAUGAAUUGCUUGCAGAAGGUACUAUUCCAAUUGCCACUUUGGAGUCGUUCGCCACAAAGGAAAUAGAUGUUCAACUUAAUGGUGCUGUAUUGAAGCUUCGCUUGAAAUGGGAGCCUCAAUUACUAAUCCGUAAGUACGACGGAACAUCGUUACUGAAUACUACAACUGGUUUAGCAUUUGAUGUUGUUGGCUUCGGAGUAGGUGCUGGUGGUAAAGUUUUGACCGGAGGAAGUAGGCUAGUUGGAGGUAGUUUGAGUGCUAUUGGUCGUGGAAUUAAUAAACUGGGUGGCAAUAGUAGGGAAUCAUCUGUUUCUUCUCGUUAAUAUGAUUCAAACUAUGUUUCACGUAACUAUUUCUCAUUCAUUCUGCAACUAUUUGAAUACCACGUAUCAUCAUAAUAACCUUUUACCAUUUUUAUAUAAUUCAAAUUUUAUAGUAUAUCUAAUAGCAAUUCUGUAUUAUCUCUCUC